AUGGUAGCACGAGCAAUUCCAAUUCCUUCGACUACCACUUUUUUGAAAUAAACAAUGCGACUUUAUUACUAACAUGGAUCAUUAUUUGAUGGUGGUGGAGCAGUUGUUCACCUUAUUUUGCGCCGCGCAAGAGCCUUGUUUGCAGAGGCCGCAGCUGCCAAGAUGACGCAUUUUCAAGCGUGUGACCGACAUAUAGUGGUUUUUAUUUAUUUCGAGGAGGGGAGUUAGCAUGUGUGUCAGUGAGUCUUGCUCACGCACCAGUGUGUAUUUUUACCAGGGCGUCAGACCUCGCAACGGAGAAUUCUAGUUUUACUAACGUCAACCUUUGGUAGUAUUUUUGCCACCGAAGAAUCCAAGACCAAGUAGAGCUGCUCCUGCUGGCAUGACGAACAAGAUCGGCGAAUUUCAAUGCCGCUGCCUGAAUGUAUAGAAGGAACACCCGACAUCCCCGUGAAAAGCGAAGACGUCAGGCAUUGCUUCAUUUUUGGCCAUUCGCCGCCUACAACGGCUUACGCAGUAGACUUCUAUAUCGAGUAUGUCAAGCUUGAUUAAGUUUUGAAAAAAAUCUCGGGGUAUUACAGAACGCGAGGGAGCCGCGGCAGAAGGACAUUACCAUGAGCGACGAGGCACUGGCGAAGCGUGAAGAACGCAUCAAGAAGAUGAGGUCCGCGUCCGCAGACGACGCAGAAGACGGGGAAGCCUGGCUUCGGGCCAAUGUUCUUGGCGUCGACUUGUUCGGUGAAGGCCCGGUACCACUAUCAGCUAUGUUGUUGUACAGGCUUUUCUCAUAUCCUCCUGUGAAGCUUUUAUACAUCGAUCUGGCGAAAAAUCGGCGCAGUUUAGGGCAAGAAAUAAUUGGAAAAACGCUGUAGCGUGGUAGAAAUUGGGCGUGGAAAAGGAUACAUGCAGUUGAGGCCUGUCCUAAUUCUCCACUUCUCUACAACCUGAGACAGAAGCAGAGCUUGAGCUGUGCAACGCGAUUAUUGUCAAAGCACGUUCUCGUUGUGCAUUUGAAGGACAGUGUAAAUGAGUGCUAGUUCGCGAGCCUCAAGAAGCUUCGGGUUGUAUUGGCGACGUGUAUUUGUUUGCCGAAUUGAAAUGACUCGAGGCUGCGCGUUUAGGGGUCGCACGAUGAAGCCGAGUUUUGAUAUGUGAAAGUACUUCCGUCUUCUUUGUAUGUGUUCGCACGGACUGCCAUGGCAGCGCGACUACCAUACGACAGUGCGAAAAUUGUCUUUGGCAUGGUGUUGUGCAGUGCAAAGAGGUCUGCAGCAGUCUGUCACGGGAGAUUCAGAAUCUUUGACUUUCUAACAGGAAGCAGAAGAGGCCGAGAGGAAGACUUUCGGAGACCCUCCGCCGCCAAAAACUGGACAGCAGGUACAACGAAGUUUCAUUUAAAACUGUGCAUUCCUUCGCAAUAUUUUGCUUUCGUGAUGGAACACUUAAACAAAACUGCGCACGGCCCGUUGUUAUCUGUGUCUCUUCGAAUGCUCCUUCAUUGGCUGGGACCUGGCGAAUCCGCCAGAUGGCUGGCUUUGCUCAAUUCCCGUAAUUGUCCCUUAUUUUCUUUCGAAAUCAACUGUGGGCAGCCAGAGCACCAUUCGUUCCGGGCCCACAACUUGUGCGGACUCAACUUUAAUAUUCAUGUACUUUGCUGGUUGCAAUAAUUCUGCAGGUCGUCCCUGACGGCGAGCAGGUUGAAAUCGGGGCUGACUUAGAGAUGUUCCUGGAAGCUUGGGAGCUUACUCAAGAUCGUGCAGUUUUUCGUUUGAAAUUCCAAGCCGACGACACCCAACCGGACGAGACGGGCAACGCCCGGUUCGUUGUGCGACUAAAUGAGGCCAGCGAAAACUUAUCCCUCGAGAGCCAGAAGAUCAGCGUUUUGGCCAAGACGGAACAGGAGAUUGGGGAUAAACAAAGUGAACUUGAUUACGAAUGGCUUUGGUGGUUUUAUUUUACUCCCCAACUGACCCCACACUCGUGCGUGCAGAUCGCAACCAGUCCUGCCAUCACGCAAAACGCGAAAGAGGUCAUGAGUUGUCUACAGUGGCCGCCCGAGACAGGAGCAGAGGCCUUCACGGUGGUGGACUGCGUAUCGGGAAAAUCAUUGCAAGCGUUCUGUGUGGAAAAGCCAAGGUGGGACAAGGACGCGUUUUAUUUUUUUCGCAAAAUAACCGAGGAGGAGGACCUCGAAAAGGAUUCUAGCCUCCUUUCCGUGAAUGCCGACAACGGGCAGCUCUUGUCAGAGAUCCCGGCACACGGGGCUGAUGGUAUACUGCGGAUGUACAUCGACAAGCAAAAGCAACACAAUCCGCCCAAACCGCAGCAAGCUGUUCGAAAAGCAAAGGAGAGCGAGAUCCAAAAAGAAGCGUGGGGCGCCCUGCUCAGCGGAAACGAUGGCGACGAAGAAUCUCCAGAGUCCGUGGGGGGCGAGUCCAGUUUUGAUGAUUCCAAGGUCAAGGGAAUGCUGCAGCUGUAUUCGGUGCGGAAAAAGGAUGAAGAGGAAGACGAGGACGGCACCACGCAAGCUUCGCAGUCACCUGUACUUGCAGUGACUGUCGACAAUGGAGGCGGUCCUGAAGCCAAUCUCCGGGUCCUCCCGGUCAUACCAGCCACUGGAAGCUACUACGAGUGGCAGUUCAAAACACUGAUCAAAUUCAAUGAAAAGUUCAGGGGCCACGAGAUUCCGUGUGGAACAAUGCAGCUGUCACAGCAUUCUCUGACAGCAGGACAACAGCUGUGCCUGCAGCAGGACACGGGCUCGGGUGGGAACCUAGUUCUCAAGCAGUGUAACACUGUGGGGAGGUUGGUGUGUUUGAAUGUGGUGAGUCCGGGCGAAGCUGAAUCAACUCGCAAGCCCGGGCGAAUGCGAGUCGAGCUUUUUUUCGGGGACACGGUGACGCUCAUGGAGCUGCACAAUCAGAAAGCGCAGAUGUCUAGUCCUGUUCUUGUUAAAAUGGACGAUCUUCUGCGGCAAGAGGAUUCGACGCCAACCAGGUAUGACGUGGAAGUGGUCGGCGAGGAAGGAAUCGAGAGAAGAAAAAUGGUGGAGACACUGGAUGCCAUUGUCGCUGACCCGGACCACAAGGCCAAACUCAACCGUUGUCUGGGAAUGGAUGCGCCUGAGCCUUCGACAGACGGCGGCAGUUUUUUGGAGGCCAAUUAUCGUUUGCGCGACCCCCACGCGCAACCGCAAUCACCCGAACGACGCACGGGAGAUGUCGAGGACUGCAUUUCUGACAUCGAGUCGGCCGGAGAUCAAGGUGGCUCUCUGAUGUAUCAGUAUGCAAAGCGGAUGGCCAGGGAUUCACUUGGACAAAGUCUUGACACCGAAAUCAGGAACAUGCUUGACAGUGCGAGGUCACCGGCUUCGAAGUUGGCGAUCUGUUCGAUGGCCUUUGAGAAGAGUGCCACUCAGUCUGACCUUCAGCUGCGCGACCGCUGUCUAGCGUCCGCUCAAGGAUUUGAGGAGAUUGCUGCGAACGUGGCCUCUGGUGAGGCUCCCCCUGCGGAAAUGAUGCGAACAAAGGGUUUCCGACAGCUCUUUCAAAACGCGAAGACGCUUUCGCGAAUCACGCAGCGGAAGAACACGAGAGGGAAGCCUGAUGAAAAAGCAUUUCGUAUGCGCUUCGUUUACAAGGAGAGCGACGAGCUGCGCGUUGUUAGCGCGGUUUUGGUCCACCGGGAGGGCGGAGGCGCAGAAAGCGUGAUCCUACGGAGGGUCGAUGGGACCCCGGAGGAUAUCCAGACCUGGUUUCUUAUUGCGGACGAUGCGCUCAGUGCAGGCGGGGACGAUGGGACUGAAAAUAAGAUUCGCGCAAGUGAGUGUGGGAAGAUUCUUCCGAGCUUUCGCAGGGAAGGCGAGGCCUGGAAGUGCCUGGCGGCAGCUGGCAGCGACCGUUUGCAAAUGAUCGACACUGGGGACGGCACUGUGAUCGGCUAUGGCGUGAAAGAGAAAUGUCCAGAGUGGUGUUUUGAGGCGACGCCCUCCGGGAUUGCGGUUUACCUGCAGUCGCCGCAAGAGCAUUCGAAAAAGUUUCUCACGUGCCGGGUGUCGGACCCAAAUGCUAUACGUGCCAAACUGGGGCCCCCAGCACUAGUCCCCAAUGUAGAGGAACAGGGCCGCCACGCGGUGCUUCAGAUAGAAGGCUUCACUGAUUUGGCGGAGCUUAACCCGGACCUGGCAGAGGAGUACUCGAAGAAGUGGAAAAAGGUCAAAAAUUCGCGGCAAGAAGACAACGCGGUGUUUGCGUUGCAAUACGGGAAUGCCAGGUUCGGGGCCGUCGCAAACGAAGGAGCGCGGGCGAAAUCGGAGUGGAUGGGUGCUGAGCAGGAUGCCGCGGAGCAUUACUGGAUCUUUAUUGUCGCUAAUCCUGACCUUUCUGUGAACGCCGACACGGCGUGUGGAUAUUUGAUGAGUGAGCACUUAGUAAAUGCCGACACCGGUAGGCAGGACAUAUGUCUCGCCCAAAAUUUUCAGGAGCUCACCGUCUGUUCGCCCGAGGGGAAUACCAUCUGCCUGAAGCGCAUGACACGGAAAUUGGGGGGCGAGGCCCAUGUCCUGGAGUUGAAGCUUUUUGUCUCGGAAGGGCAGGACGAUGAAGAUGCGGGGGAGAGUACACCCGAAUGGUUGCGGAUCCCGUACGGGGAGGAGGACAACGCCGACAGGGACGCGGGCCUUCUGGUAGAAAGCCCGACGACGACCUUGUUAGAGUACGAAGCCGCCCAGGUGAAGGUACUUGACCCCGGUCAAGAUGAGAACCGGGAGGCCAAGGUGACGCGGUUGCUGAAUCUGGCUGAGCACCGACAGCAACAGCAACAAGGCGAAGAAGGGGCCGCGCGCAAUCGCUAUCAGACGCCCCACGCCGCGGACACAGCUCUCAGAUUUGGGUCGGCGUUUGGCACAAAUGCCGACCUGUCUCCUCAGCGACGGCGCCCGGAUGUUGAUCCGGAGCCCGACUGGCCUGAGCCAGAAGAUGUGGACGCGGACGAGGAAACUAUCCGCGAGUGCAUCUUCGAUCCGGUAGGCUAUUUUUUUGAGAAUCGCCACUACUACCCUUAUUCCGAUCAUGGGGUCACGAGAUGGCGAGAAACGCUCUCGCAGCAGGACGCCCGCGAUGUUACCGGUCGGCGCGAAGUUACCUUGCGCCAGCAGUGUGGCGGGUGUAAGAUCGUGGAGGGGCCGACGCAGUAUGCAGGAGUGACGACUGUUUGGGUUCACCGCCUUGGUAGGCUCUACCGCGCAGAUUGGAAUGAUUAUCCCACAGAAAAGAGCUAACAUGUCGAAUUCGAUUCGGAGAGCAAUUUUUUGUCAGCGGCAGAAAAUUUCUCGCCAAAAAGUGCUAUGCCCGGCGCCAUAGGGUCGAACUUGAGGGAAUUUUUUGCAAAAGUGAGCACACUUCUUGCGUGACUCAAGCAGCAUGCUAUGAGCUUCCCAUGACAGGAGAGUUUCCGCUUGAUUUAUUUUUGCAUUAUAUGGAAACAAGUUGAUCUGGAUAUGCAUAUGCUAGCUUGUGUCUGUACGAUAAUCGCGAAGAGCAGUUUGAAGUUACUGAAAAACUGCCUGACGUCGACGGCGGGGGGAUGGCGACCCUAGUGCUGGACCCUACGGAAGACCAGCAGCUGGCCACGAUUUUCGAGUCGGGACGCAGCAUCACAACUCAUUGCAGCACUGACUCUUACGCAGAACACCGUGCCCGCGAAGUGUAG